AUGCCUCAGGGGCAGCGAACCUCGACGCUCAAGCUGCUGGCCUUCCUCGGGCUCGGGUGCACCUUGGGCGCCGCGUUUCCAGAUGUGCCGGACCCAGAUAACUUCCUCCGCAGGGCUUGGGCGGCAUCGACCGUCCUCGGCGAUUAUGUCUACAUCGAAGGAGGGGAGAUCAACCAAAUAGUCGAUGGGGAGAGCCGUGGAUCGGGAUUGAACUCGACGCUCUCCAUCGACAUGUCCCAGUCGUGGAAAUCUCUAGACGUCACCAUCCGAACGAUACCGAAACCGGGGCCCGCAAAGACCAAUGUAGGACUAUGGACGGACACGGCUGCGGGCGCGUUUUACUCGUGGGGCGGGAGAUGGCCGGGGGGCAAGAACAUCACCAAGAGCGCGCUCUGGAAGUUUACCGCUGACGGCAAGGGGGGCGGCUCGUGGGCGGUCGAGGACCCGGGGAACCCGACGCUCUUCAACGGCAUGCACCAGACCGAGUACGGCACCUUUGUCAACACGGACAGCAUGGGAUUUGUGAUCGGCGGGGCGACGCACGCGUGGACCGAGAAGGAUCAUUCCACCGCGGAUCCGAUCCCGGGCAUGGUGUCGUUCGACAUGAAGAGCAAGAUCUGGCAAAACGGAACCAUCAACUUUAGCCCCUACGGCUCUGGUGUCUUGAACAAGGGGGCGGCAGCGUAUUUGCCGUCUAUCGGUCCGGACGGUUUAAUCAUUACGUUUGGAGGGUAUGCUCCGCCGGUCGACAGCGACCUGAAUAAGUCGGAUGGGUCACCCCUGGAUCUUCGGAACUUGACCCUCUUCAACCCGGAGACGAAGAAGACGUACUGGCAGACGGCGACUGGGACAGUGCCUCCGACCCCACGAGGCCAAUUCUGCACCGUCGUCUUCCCGACGUCUGACGGCGGCUAUGAUAUCUUCCUAUUCGGCGGCAUCAACGGCCGCGACCAGUUCAACUACGGGGACGCCUACAUCCUGAGCAUGCCGGGAUUUGUCUGGACAAAGCUCUCCGACCCUCCUGGGGGCGCACGUGUGGGAGCGAGCUGUGUCCGCGUGGGAAAGCGGCAGGUUCUAAGCAUAGGCGGCGUGAAAGGAGCGGCGUCGGAAGCGGAUCCGGCGCCUCAGGGGCUGCUGCUGUUUGACAUGUCCACUCUGGAGUGGAAGGACUCGUAUGACGCCGACGCUCCCGCCUACGAGCGGAGCAAGACUAUACAAGACUUGUACAGCGACAACGCGCUAGACAAGGUCGACUGGUCGUCCGACGAGAUCCAGAAACUGUUCGUAGCGGCAUCGGCGAGCGCAACAGCCACCAACACCGACGCAGCCGGGAACCCCCUACCCACAGGCGCCCCAGGUUCAAGUUCCACCUCGGACCCCAACCCCGACACCAGCUCAAGCUCCACCCCCGUCGGCGCCAUCGUCGGCGGCGUAGUAGGCGGCAUCGCCGGGCUGGCCGCCAUCGCCGUCGCCGCCUGGUUCAUCCUCCGCCGCCGCAAACAACAACAACAACAAGCCACCCAACCCCCAACCUCCCAAAACCCAACCCAACCCUCCGAACUCGACCCCAACCCACACCAACACCCCCACCAACACCCCCACCACCACCACGGGCAAUACCAGCACGCGAGCGAACUCGACCCCAACUCCCCCUACUCCUACUACACCGCAACCCCCAACAUGUCGAAUCCGAUGGGCGGGUACUACGGGUACAAGGAGAAGGACGGGAGUGAAGGGCCGCCGCCGGUUGAGCUGGGAAACCAUGCACGGCCGAGCGAGUUGGGGGUGGGGGCGAAUCAUUUUGAGUUGGAUUCGACGCCGGUGCGGUGA